UCUUCCCCUGCCUGUCACUGUGCUGUCAGAGAAUGAAUGUGUACGCCUAGCUGGCUAGUAGCUUUGGCAAUGUUGUCACUCUCAGGAUGAUAUCGCAGCGCGACAGAGGAGAAUUCGCUCGGUUUUAUACUGUCACGGACCCUAAAAAGCACCAGAGAGGUUAUACUGUGUACAGAGUCACCGCGACGAUAAUCUCCAGGAAAAACCCAGAAGAUGUUCAAGAGAUAACGGUGUGGAAGAGAUACAGUGAUUUCCGGAAGCUUCAUCAGAAUCUCUGGCAGCUCCACAAGAAUGUAUGUAGCCAGUCGGAGCUGUUUCCUCCUUUUGCCAAGGCCAAAGUCUUUGGUCGUUUUGAUGACUCAGUGAUUGAGGAAAGAAGACAGUGCUCUGAGGAUCUGCUGCAGUUCUCUGCUAAUAUCCCUGCUCUCUACAGUAGUGAGCACAUCCAAGAUUUCUUUAAGGGAGGUGAGGUCCACGACGGCUCAGAGCUCAUCGGACCAGCUGAGCCCUUUUCAGAUUUCCUGGCAGAUAGUUUAUCUGACUGCAGCUUUGACGUUCAAAGAGACAUCAGUGGUUCAGAUGAUUUGACUAUCACGUCUGAGUAUGGAGGCCCCUCCAGUGACAGUGAACUGACCUCCCUGGCUGUGGAUACGGACUCUUUGGUUGGGCUGGAUGAUGGCAUGGCCUCAGGUCGCACCUCCCCAAACCAGCCACAGGGGGGCGCUUCCAACAUCAGUAGCAGCUGCAGCCCUCGCUUGCCCACCCUGCACGACCGCCGCACCCCAUCUCCUGCCCCAGUUCCUGCCUCCUCAGCCAUUAACCCAGAGGUCAGCUGGCCAGGCCGAACACCUCUCUUCUCUGGCAGUUUGAAGAAAGUCGUCGGUGGCAAAGCUAAGGACAUUAAGUCAGACUACCUGGACAAAGCCAGUGAGCUCAUCUGUGUGGCUGUGAAGAAGGAGAAAGAGCAGGACUACCAGGCAGCUUUUUCUUGCUAUCGCAGUGGAGUGGACCUGCUGCUGCAAGGAGUGCAAGGUGAGCCAAGUCCCACGCGGCGAGAGGCAGUGAAGAAGAAGACUGCGGAGUAUCUGAUGCGUGCAGAACAGAUAUCCAGUCAACAUUUGAAAAGCAACAUGGGUCAAGGGUCAACGCAGACAGUAGCUUUGGGGGCACAGUGCUGCCCUUCCACCUGCAGAGCAGGCCAGCUGAGUCCAUCUGAGGAGCUGAGAGCUUACAGGGUUUUGGGGGUCAUAGAUAAGGUUCUUCUGGUCAUGGACAAGAGAACAGAAGAGACUUUCAUCCUGAAAGGUCUGAGGAAGAGCAGUGAUUGUGGGCGGACUAAGAGGACCAUCAUGCCUCACUCUGUGCCCCACAUGGUACAGCUGAGGAAGUUCAUCGUCUCUGAAGAUGCCGUUUUCCUCCUGCUGCAGUAUGCCGAAGGUGGAAAACUGUGGUCACACAUUGGAAAGUACCUACGUACUUCCAGCCCAGAGGAGAGCUUUGACAUUCCUUUCAUCCAGAAGAGCCACACGGCAGCUGUGCACACUCCACAGAACGCUGUACCACAGCUGGACGUAAGCUCAGCCAGUUCUAGCUCAGGGCCUGUUGUUGGCUCUGAUUCUGUCUCAGUGCUGCAGAAAGAGGGAGCAAACCUCAUUGCGCCGCCUCUUAAGAGUGUUCUUCCACCCAGGCUUAUCAAAAAAGUCGUGGCCCCAUCAGACUCUGGAGCCACCUCCGAGGAAGAGUGCACCAACAGUUAUUUGACACUUUGCAAUGAGUACGAACAAGACAAAGUAGAACCAGAUGCACUGGAGGAGGAAGAAGAGAAGAGUGAACAGGAAAUGCUGUCACUGGAAGUGCCCGUCGUGACGACCACCACUUCCUCACGUAGUCGGUCACUGUUGAGUAACGACAGCCUCUCUUCACCCCUCAGCUCUCAGGACCUCGGCUUCUUCACCGAGUCAUCUGACAGAAUCGUCCACGACAAUGAGCGACACCACAGCGAGGGACAGGACCACAGCGACGUUUUUAGUCCUUUACCCUCUCCUGCUGUGCCCCUGUCUCUCGAUCAGUCCAAGCACACACCAAUGGAAUUUUUCCGUAUUGACAGCAAAGACAGUGCAAGCGAGGUGACCUGCAUCGACUUAGGAGAGCAGCGUCCCCCUCAUAAGCAGGUCCCGCUAUUUUCUACAUCAGACCUGGCCUCCGACGUCACGGAGGAUCUUCCAGAGCUGGCUCAGGAGGUCAAGGGCCACAGCUCGGAGCUUUGGUGGUUGGAUUCCAGUGAUAAAGGCUCCAAUGAGUCUGUGCCAGUCAUCUCAUUUAAAGAUGCAGUGGUGGAGGAUGAGGCUCACCCACCUGAUCUUUUGGUCAACCUUCCUGCAAUGAGUGGGACUGUAGACUCGUUACAGGAGGAAAUGGAGACUUCUGGAGUGUGUCUGGGCCUCGAGGCCACAACUUCUCCCCAGAAGUGCAUCCAGCCGGAUGUUUUACAGCUUCACAGCCAGCUGGAGGAAGAGGAGGAGCAGCCACUGGAGCAGGAGCUUUCAUCUCUGUGUACAGCCUCUGCAACCUGUGACACCAGUGUUGCGUCUUCCUCCCCGCUCAACUCAUUGUGGGAUGACUACAGCCUGGCGUUUGGAGUAGAGGCCUCUGACAAAAUAGUUGCUGAUACCGAAUGCCAAAACGAUGACCUCCCCCUAGACGCAGGAAUUCCAGAUACUGACUCUCACAGUGAAAAAUCAGAGGCCGGUACUCGAGUAAACGCCAACCCCAGUGCAGACUCUCUCCCAGCCACGAAUAGGACUGAGGCCUGUGCGGUGGUUGAGCGUUUAUUAGAUCUUGAUGGCGAAUCAUCAGGAGUUGUGAGUAAUAAAAGUUUCAGUGAAUUUGACAGACAAGUAUCGCGGCUGUUUGCAGAGCUGGACGAGCUGUCGUUGGCUGCGUCACAAGCUCGUAUCCCAGAGGAGUUUGUUCGAUGCUGGGCCGUAGAGAUGGUGGAGGCUCUGGAUUCUCUGCAUCAAGAAGGUAUCAUCUGUCGAGACCUGAACCCCAACAACAUCCUGCUGGACCAGCAAGGGCACGUUCAGAUCACCUACUUUUGUAGCUGGAGUGACGUGGAGGAGUCCUGUGACAAAGAAGCCAUUGCCAAUAUGUACUGUGCACCAGAGGUGGGAGGUAUCAGUGAGGAAACGGCAGCGUGUGAUUGGUGGAGUUUGGGCGCCAUCCUGUUUGAGCUCCUGACAGGCACGUCUCUGCUGCGGUGCCAUCCAGCAGGAAUCAGUCGCCACACGGCCCUCAACAUCCCCGAGUCCGUUUCAGAGGAGGCCGGAUCUCUGCUCGAGCAGCUGCUCCAGUACAACCCGAUGGAGAGACUGGGGGCAGGCGUGGGAAGUGUGGAUGACAUUAAAUCCCACCCUUUCUUUGCCAGAGUGGACUGGCCCAAGUAGACGCUGUGUAUUGUGCGACUGCGGAAAAACAGAGUUGCAUGCUGGUAACCUUGCGGUCCCAAAAGAGCUCCUUUCGGAAUUGAAACACAAGUAGAUAUACAGUGAAUUAUGCAUCUCUGCACACGUCCCAUUUUGUGUACAUCCAUUUAUUCCCCGUGUACUUGACAGAUUUAAAAAAAACCAACUUAUUUUAUAGAGUUUACCAAGCAGCAGUAUUACCUUCCCUGUAAAUUGCUAAUUUCUUUAUCUUUUAAACUGCUUUCAGACAUGCACUGAUGUCAGGACAUUUUCAUGAACUUUUCCGGUGGGGCUUUAUGCGAGAACGCAAAUGUCCGCAAAAUGUUGCACCUGAACUUUUACCUGUGAGCCCCCCAAUAUCCGGAAAAUAUCCAAGUGAGCCCCUGUGAGAAUACAGCAGGAAAAUGUGUUUGGGCACUCUACCCAGGCGCCACCCCUCGCCUGAAUGUUCUGGAAAUUUUCCUGCUGUUGUGAAUGCGUCUGAUUUGAACAAUCUCCUGCUGCGUUCCUCAAAUCGAUUGGCAAACUCCGUCAAAUGUCUGGACCCAAUCAUCUGGACAUUUUCCCAUGUAAAUGUCUGAAAAUGACUUCAGAGGGUUUACUGUGUAACCAUUUUUUGGAAGUAGGAAACACUUAACAACAUGUGUGUGGUGCAAUAAUUUAUACAGAAAGUGCUUGUGCUGAGUGAUGAUCCACUACAUAACAUUGUUGCCAUUACACUCCUCAUGACAACAUAACACAACUGAAAGUGAGAGGUGACAUUUUGUCCUUCACUGCAGUCAUUUAGUAGUGUUUGUUAUCCAUUCAAACUGACACAGACUUAAUCCACCUAAAGAAAGUGCAAUAAACUCCAUUUGUUGCCAUCAUAUAACACUUAAGUCAUUCCUCAUGAAGCCCACUGAGAUUAAAUUGAGACGGGCUGAUCUUUUUUCUUCGAUCCUGGGGUAGUGUUGUUGCUCUGAUCUAGAGAUGUGAUACCUAAUUCCUUAGGUUUUGGGUUGUUUUUUUUUGACUAACCCCUUUUACUGACAAACAGCCCGUGUACAGUUACAGAUGGACACUAUGCAAAAUUAAUGAACAAAGGGUAGGAGACUGAUUUUGAUUCUAAUUAUUCAUGAUAUUGAGUUAUUGAAUACAUUAUGGCAAGAAAAACGUCCAGUUAUAGAAAGUAAGCAUUUUCCCUGCGUGAACACUGUUAAUAAUGGCAGACGAGGCUUGAAACAUGCAUUUGAAAUCACUCGUUUUACAGAGGAUAUCAUGAUAACAAAAGGAGACACUCGGUUGUGCAUUUUGUGCAUGUAAAAGUAUGAUUAAUGUAAUAUUUUUAAUAUUAUGGAAAAAAAAAUCUAAGAAAAAAUAAAUAGUGUUUUGUACAUAAACCUUUUUAAGGGAAGACCUGAGUGAAAGGCACAUGCAGAUGUCAAGGAUUUGAUUAUGUCCGACUUGUCAAUCACAUACUGCCUCAUCAAUCAAAUCCUUUUUAUUCGAUUGUGUGUUUUGUGUUUGAGCGACGCCUCUUCUAACUUGCCACGUAGAUCGUAACCCUGUUUUUAUAAUAUCUAUAAUGACUGAAGGAUAUGGUAAACAUUUUCAUGGUCACACCAUCUCUUGUAUAAUCAGAUGAGAUAAACAUAACAAUUCUCUUAACAACACUCAGAUAAUUGUAGAAGCUAAUAGAUGCUGACAACUACAAGAUCCAUAUUCCACUUAUUCACCUUUUUAUCAGCCAUAAACGUCACAGUGAGAUCACGUUAUCUGUUCCUGGUUUCUUUUGAAUGCUCACUCUCGUCUGUGUAUGUCUGCACUGGUUUGUCAGUGCAUUCUGGGAAAACAAUAAACAUACCUGGAUGAGUGCA